GAUCAUGACUCUAAGACAACAUGGCAGCCAAAUGCUCAUACUUGGCAUCAUUGCCUGCUAUUCCUUUGGUGAAUGUUCUGUCGUUCUUGGAUAGGAAAGACUUGUUUAGUUGCUCUCAGGUUUGUUCGCGAUUCAAUCAAGUUGUCUCCGAUCUUCCUGUGUGGAAAUCAUGGUGUAAUGAAGUGUGGUUGGUCGGAGAAUGCCCGCCGGGAAGAACUUGGAAGCAGUUAUUUGUGGAAUGGAAAGCGAAAUGGGGUCGCUAUGAAUCUUGUUAUGCAACCAUAAGAAAAGCUUGGAACAUCAUUGAAGACUUUACAAAGCUUCACUGUCCUAAUAUUUAUGCAUCUUUGAACGAUGGAUUGUCAGAAGAAGAAAUUCGCGAAACCGAAGCUAACAAACUCAAUGGUGAGUGUUCAUAAUUUAGUUAUUAAAUUUACAGCAGCUUUUACAGAGUUUGAACUCAUAUUUUUAAAGUCAAUAAUCAGAAUGGUUCUCAUCUUGUUCAUUUUCUUGUCUCUCUUUUUUUUUUUCCUCUUUUUUUGUACACGGUCAUCCAACAAUAAUUUUUAAUUCAGAUGACAACAUAUGAGAUUUUAUAUCGUUGAUCGUUAGCAAAGCUGGACGACAACUAUAAGAAGAAACUCAGUAUUGUAUGUUCAUUGGAGAGAACUUCAUGCUGUCAGUAAGAGGUAGUAACCAACAAAAAAAUCGGUGGCUAGUGUGCCAUUUUAGGCAAAGUUUCAUGGAAAGAUUGUGGAAUGCCUGGCACAAUUUAAACGAGUGAGUUCCCUGUCUUGCACAUCAUUCCAUGAAUCCGUAUUGUGUCCAUGGUAACCUUUUCUCCUACAAGUUCAAAUUUCCUCUCUACUUUGAAACUUAUUAACAGAUAAAAAAGGCCAACUUGAAAACCUAUUUGUCCUGCAGGUUGUAGUCUUCCAAAUGAACUGAGAUGUUCAAUUCGUAUCCACAACGGACAGCAGCUCGUCUGUCCAGGGCUGAUUGGAUCCAUGGCAAUUUCCAAUCACUACCAAAGUGAAUCUCUUCUGGAGCUUGGCAUAGCUGCUGGAGCACUCCAGAGCCGUGAUGGGCUGAGGAACUGUAUUCCUGUUUCCUUAUGUGUGAAUACUGGAAAUGGACAAUUUAUGGCAUUGACAAAUGAAGAGGGGCGUAAUCCAGGAGAUUUGUUUUGGCCAAGCCCAGAUCGCAGUGCUGACAAUUUUGAAAUUUCUCCAAUGAGAAUGCACCAUUUUCUGAGUGGAAGCAAUUUUGAAAGCUGGCUGUGUAACUAUGCAGAUCAGUUGUCUCGGAACUGCUUCCCAGUAAUCAACAAAGAAAUUUACAAGUUCUUAUUUUCUGCCUCUGCGACAACCCAAGGAAUCACAGUUACCACUACUACUGCAUUUCUUCCAGAGCUAAGUAGUGUCAAACCUCCCCUGUUUUUCUUCACAUAUCGCAUAUCAAUUUCCAUGGAUCCCAAGUGUUCUGAGGUAGGUUACAAGUUGUAAAAGGCACUUAAAAUUUAAGAAUUUUUCCUUAAAAUCACAGACAUCAUUCUCUAUUGUUGCUUGCUACAUGCGAAAAAUAUCAUGCAAAUUUGUCACUGACUCAUGCCUUCCAUGUCACAAGGUUUUAAAAAUGUUUAUCAUGUUGUGUACAACUACCACAAAGCAGUUACCAUCAUGACUUUGAUUUGACGAUAUUUAAACCACUCAACUUCUAAAAGUGAUUAACAUUUAACUUCUUAUUAUGUUAUCCUUACAUUCUUCAGCAAAGAGGUAAUAAGAAUUCUCAAACUUAUCAAUUAGAAGUUUUUAAACUAAUUUACAAGGAAAUUUCUUGCAGCUAGAGGGGAGAAUUAACAACUAGGUCUUGGGAGUUAAAGGUUAAAAAACAGUUGUUUUGCAAACGUAUUACAGGUGAUGAUUAUCAGUAGCUUCACGCCACAGAAACUAGACAUUUAUUUAUAGUGGGCAUCAAAGAAACUUCUUUUCUUACACUAACAGAUCUUUGGCCUUUCACAUUUCAGGUUAUAAAUAAAUGUCAGCUCACAACACGUCACUGGUACAUUACUGAUGCAAAUGGAAUCAAAGAAGAAGUCCAUGGAGAUGGUGUGGUCGGAGAGUUUCCAGUAAUGACCCCAGGGGCACUCCAUGAGUACAUUAGUUGUACAACAUUUUCUACUCCCACAGGGGUCAUGGAGGGACAUUAUGUCUUUCAAUGUCUAAACAAAAGUGAAAGGAUUAAUGUCAAAAUACCUCCAUUAUAUUUUAAGAGCCUACCUUUUGUGGCUGCCGAGCAGAGAUUGUUAAACAUGCCACAAGGUAAGUGUGAAGAAGUGAGUAAAAUUUCAGAAGGAGCAGAGGAAAAGAAAGUUGUCCAUAAAAAAGGAAAAUGAAUGAAUCAAAAUUUCAAUGUUCUUGCCUACAUUUUCUUCUUGUAUUUUUCCCCUUUGUCUUAACAGCUUAUGUCUGCUGUGUAGGCCAUUUUUAUUGAAAUUUUUUCUUUCAUUAAAAGUUGGCAUUGUAAUAAACCUUUUUAAUUUAUAGCAGAAGUAGAUAAUCAAACAAAUAAGCUGGCUAGAUAUUGGUUAUCAUUUGAGUAUUGCAUGUGAACCAGUGGCCGUUUCUAAAUUCCAAAAACCAGAAUAAUGAAAGCAGUUUUUGUAUCCAACAUUUUGUGUUUAAUGUUGUUGCCCUGGCGAUCUGACAUAACCAAUUAAGCUGUCUUUUGGUAUUUUAUAACAAUCAUUAAAAAUGGUUGAUUUAAUGUGGUAAGACGAUAAGUGACUGUAAUCAACAGUCAUGUAAAACACAAAUGGAAUCACAAAAAGACUGUUAACCAGUUAUUUAAACAAGGUCUAACACAAAUUGCAGUUCCAUGCAAACAAUGGACCUCAAGUAUUCUCUAGAAGAGGGUUGAUUUAACCCUUUAACUCCCAUAAGUGACCAAAAAAGAAUUUCUCCUUACAAUAUCAAAAUAAUAUCAAGCAGACAAGGUAUGAAAAUAAAGAGAAAUAUCAGUUAGGGGAUUAUAAGAUGAUCUAAUAAUAAAUCCUCCAAACUAACAUCAGAAGAACUGUAUAGGAGAUAGUAAGGAGAAUUACUAAUGAGAUCUUGGGAGUUAAAGGCUUAAUAAAAUAAUGUCCUUCCACUGUUGACUUUCAUCCUCUUGACACUGUUCAUAAAAAUGAAUGUUCAGAUAAAAGGUUGGGCUAAAUUAAAGAUAGUUUAGAGCAUGGUUUUGUUAAACAACGACUAAGGUUUGCUUAAGUAACCAGCCCUCUAAGUGAUAAUUAUUUAUGUUAAUCAAGCAAGAUACAACCGUCUUCCUGAUGGUUUUGAUUAACCCUUUAACUCCCAGAAGUGAUGAACAUAAAACUUCUCCCUACAAUAUCCAUACAUUCUUCAGCAAAGAGGUAAUGAGAAUAUUCAACCUUAUCAGGGAGAAGCUGCUAUCUUGAUCUAGAAAUAAGUUCUCAUAACUAAUUUACAAGGAAAUGUGUAGCAGCUACAGGGGAGAAUUA